CCGCACUUGAGUGACGAUGCAUUGAAAAGCAGGCUGAAAAUGAGGUGAUAACUGCUAGCAAGUGCGGCGGAUGGUUUGAGAGGCGCAAUACCGAAAGUGACCGGUAGAGGGAGUGGAUGUGGCGACACACACAGAGAGUGGACCGACUGCUCAACUUCUCAGUGGUACCCAGAGCUAACCAUUAGGACCUUUUGCCCAUGAAUUCUCAUGUAUUUCUCCUAAAAUAACACGUUUAUCUUCUUUGGUGAGGUGGUGGGCCGUGUCUCUUACAGACAUGAUAUCACACAGCCAGUGACAGUAGCCCUAGCAACAGCUCGUGUUUGUGAUCACUGUGGUGGUAAAGCAGGCGCGAAUGUUUCUUUAAGAGCCAGCACCUUUACAUCGAGAGAGGGAGGGGGAGAGGAAGAGAGAGAGAGAGGGAGAGAGAGAGACUGGGGUUGUCUGUGGUUAGGUGUAACGUUUGCUCGCUCGGUGCCGUCGUUACAUGUGUGAGGAAGAGGGAAGGGGGGAGGCUGAUAACUGGGCAAAUUCGGCACCCAAAAGCGCUGCGCUCCGAUGGGGUCGACGGGGAUGAAAUGAUGAUGAUGAUGAUGAUGAUGUCUAGCGUUUACUCUCGACGAUGACAACGCUCUCCUUUACUUGAAGUUCGAACCCAUUGGGUAGAAGACUCUCCUCCAUGCCCACCCUUCCUUUUACCCAAUCCAGUCCCUGCGACCCAGCGACUUUCCCCUCCUGUUUCCUCCUGCCACUUUUGUUCCACCUGAGACCACACCCUGCUGCUCAACCCAAACGCACCCAAGCCAAGGAUUUUGAACAGCACAUACUAAGAGCCAAUCAGGAGCCUUGAAGCCAUUCAGGAAAUAGCAACACAACUCAUGAAUCUACCUGAGUACUGAGGAAAAUAAAGGAGAAGGCCGUGGAUAAUAAACUCACAAAGAAGACCACUCAGAUAAACUGGCAGUAGUGGCCCACCCUUGAAGAAGAGCACAGCAAUUAAGAGAUUGCACCAAGAAAGCUUGAAUAGAGGGUGAAAACAAACAGACACUAACUGAGGAACAAGAUAUAGAGGAAAAGAAAGAGAACAACUGCACGGCGCAUUAUAUAUCUGCAAUAUUCCACACACGUUACUGACUGUUACGGCACACGUUCUUACCACAGUCCACACGUUACUCCGUCCUAGACAUCCGCAUAUGAAUGACAAGUUGUUUAUCUGUUUGCCGUAGGCUCUCAGGCACGCAAACACUGUCAAAUUUGCGGUUCCACACUGUGAUUCUCGCAAAUUCCUCUUUGCAAAAGUGCAAGGCCAACACAUACACACACUCACCUUUAACCUCCCUCACGCUAUCAGAUAACAAACUCUCACACCUUUUCACGGCUUCAAGAUGAUGUGUGAGGUGAUGCCCACCAUCUCGGAGGACGGGCGGGGUGGUGGCGGAGGAGGCCCGUCCUCUCCUGCUGGAGGUGGUGGGGGUAUGGGAGGCGGUGCAGGGGGCAUGGGUGGUGGCUAUGGGGGCAGAGAGGCCCGCGGUGGAGAUGAGGGUGGGAGCACUGGAAAUCUGGAGUCUCUGAUGGUGAACAUGCUGACGGAGAGAGAACGGCUGCUAGAGAGUCUCAGAGAGACCCAGGAGAGUCUCGGCACGGCACAGCUACGUCUGCGAGAGCUGGGUCACGAGAAGGACUCGCUACAGAGACAACUCUCCAUCGCACUGCCACAGGAGUUUGCAGUGUUGACCAAAGAGCUGAAUGUAUGUCGGGAGCAGCUGCUGGAGAGAGAAGAGGAGAUUGCUGAGCUCAAGGCGGAGAGGAACAAUACACGGCUCCUGCUGGAACAUCUGGAGUGUUUGGUGUCUCGUCACGAGCGUUCUCUGAGGAUGACUGUGGUGAAGAGGCAGGCUCAGUCUCCUGCUGGAGUCUCCAGCGAGGUGGAGGUGCUCAAGGCCCUCAAGUCCCUGUUCGAACACCAUAAAGCCCUCGAUGAAAAGGUGCGUGAGAGAUUGCGUGUGGCUUUAGAGAGAGUCGCCGUUCUAGAGGAAGAGCUGGAAUCAUCUACAAAUGAGGUACUGUCUUUACGGGAUCAGAUUAAAAGGAGAGAGCGGGGUUUGGACAAUGGAAAGGAGCGGCUCCCGAACGGCCCCUCCUCCAUCUUGGAUGAUGGUGAGAUCGACAGACAGAGAGAGGGAGAGAUAGAGCGACAGAGAGCAGAGCUUUCACAGUUAAAAGAAAGACUGGCGCUCAUGUGCAGACAGGUUGGAGAGAUCGAGGAGCAGCUCACUACCGCCAGGAGGGAAUUAGCUAAAUCUGAGGAAGCCAAUCAGAAGCUUCAGAGGGAUGUGAAAGAGGCGCUGUGUCAAAGAGAGGACAUGGAGGAAAGAAUCACCACUUUAGAGCGCAGGUACCUCAGUGCCCAGAGGGAGGCAACCUCUCUCCAUGACAUCAAAGACAAGCUGGAGAACGAGCUUGCCAGCAAAGAGUCUUUAUACAGACAGAGCGAAGAGAAAAACAGGCAGCUCCAAGAGCGUCUGGACGAUGCUAAGCAGAAGCUGCAGCAAACCCUCCAGAGGGCUGAGACGCUGCCCGAGAUCGAGGCUCAGCUAGCCCAGAGGGUGGCGGCACUCAACAAGGCGGAGGAGCGUCACGGCAACUUUGAGGAGCGAUUGCGACAGUUGGAGGCACAACUGGAAGAGAAGAAUCAGGAGCUACAGAGGGCGAGGCAGAGGGAGCGGAUGAACGACGAACACAACAAGCGUCUCUCUGACACGGUGGACAAGCUUCUGUCUGAGUCCAAUGAGAGACUUCAGCUGCACCUGAAAGAGAGAAUGGCUGCUCUGGAGGAGAAGAACGCUCUCUCUGAGGAGCUUGCUAACAUGAAGAAGAUCCAAGAUGAUCUCUUAGCAAACAAGGAUCAACUGAUUGCAGAGCUGGAGAGGCUUCAGCUAGAGCUGGACCAGCUGAGAGGAAGACCUGGUUCCUCUUACUCACGGUCUCUGCCAGGAAGUGCUCUAGAGCUGAGGUACUCCCAAGGAGGAGGGUCACUUCCUGCUGGCUCCACCACCCACCUAGAUCAUUAUGGAAACACAGGCACAGGAGGCGUGGUCAGGCGGGCUCAUCGUGGACGUUGGGGCGGUGCAAGGGAGGAUGCUAGCAAAUAUGGUGAUUGGGACAGUGGAGCUUUGCUGGGCACUGGGUUCGAGGGUGGCGUGGAGGACAGGUGUUCUGAUGAUGAAGAGGAUCGUGAGACGAUCUUCGGCUCAGAGCUGCUCUCACCAAGUGGCCAGACAGAUGUGCAGACUCUCGCUAUCAUGUUGCAGGAGCAGCUGGAGGCCAUCAACAAAGAGAUUAAGCUGAUUCAGGAAGAGAAGGAAAGCACAGAGCUUCGUGCUGAAGAAAUUGAGAGUAGAGUCAGCAGUGUGGCUCUGGAUGGCCCUCCCAUGCCCCCGACCUCUCUGGGACGGGACAGCACAGGACGUGGCUUCAUCCCCCCGUCCCUCACAUCCUCCACCCUGGCAUCGCCCUCUCCACCCAGCUCUGGGCACUCCACUCCCCGUCUACCCCACUCCCCAGCACGCGAAACAGACAAACAGAACAACAAAGAUGAUGACAGGUCCCUAGCCCUUUUGGACUCCACCCCUCCUCCCACCCCUCGUGCACUGCGACUGGACAGGAUGACACACACUCACCCUGGUGCAAUGUUAGAUGACAGUCGUGAGUUCCGAAGCCUCUCAGCUGAUGGCAGCAGCUCAAACAGCAGUCAGGACUCCCUCCACAAGGCCAGCAAAAAGAAAAGCAUCAAGUCUUCCAUCGGCCGGCUCUUUGGGAAGAAGGAUAAGGUCCGAAUGGGUCAGCCUGGACGUGAGUCAGCAUCUCUGGCCUCGACCCCCUCAGAUGACCUGGGCUCUGUGGAUCCCCUCGGACUCACUAAGAUGGCCGGUCCAGUGGACAAGGACCGUCGCAGCAAGAAGAAACAUGAGCUGUUGGAGGAGGCAUGCCGACAGGGGCUACCCUUUGCAUCCUGGGAUGGACCCACUGUUGUCUCCUGGCUGGAACUGUGGGUGGGCAUGCCAGCAUGGUACGUGGCAGCAUGUCGUGCUAACGUGAAGAGCGGAGCCAUCAUGGCUAACCUGUCAGACACAGAGAUCCAGAGAGAGAUCGGCAUCAGUAACCCUCUGCACCGCCUCAAACUAAGACUGGCCAUUCAAGAGAUGGUGUCCCUGACCAGCCCCUCUGCCCCGGCCAGCACACGCUCUUCAACCAGUAACGUGUGGAUGACCCAUGCUGAGAUGGAGUCCCUGACCGCAGCAACCAAACCAGAGCUGAAAGAGAUUAGCUGGGAUCAGAUCCUGGCCUAUGGAGAUAUGAAUCAUGAGUGGGUAGGCAAUGAUUGGCUGCCCAGUCUGGGUUUGCCCCAGUACAGAAGCUACUUCAUGGAGUCACUGGUGGACGCCCGCAUGUUGGACCAUCUGACCAAGAAAGAGCUGCGUGGGCAGCUGAAAAUGGUGGACAGUUUCCACAGGGUGAGCCUGCAUUAUGGCAUCAUGUGCCUGAAGCGCCUCAAUUAUGACCGCAAGGAGCUGGAGAGGAGGAGAGAUGAGAGCCAACACCAGAAUAAAGAUGUGAUGGUGUGGUCGAACGAGCGUGUGAUGUGCUGGGUGCAGUCCAUCGGCUUGAAGGAGUAUGCAGAUAAUCUGACUGAAAGUGGUGUGCAUGGUGCCCUGCUCGCCCUGGACGACACCUUUGACUACACUGACCUCGCCCUGCUCCUGCAGAUACCCAAUCAGAACACGCAGGCACGACAACUUCUGGAGAAAGAAUAUAACUCCCUCAUCGCCAUGGGAACAGAGAGGAGGCCAGACGAGGAUGGCACCAAGACGUUCACCCGCUCCCCUUCAUGGAGGAAGAUGUUCCGGGAGAAAGAUCUGAGGGGAGUGACCUCUGACUCCUCAGAGACCUUGCCUGCUAACUUCCGUGCCUCAGCCAUCUCUACCCCCUCAGUCACCCUGAGGAAGGUCCAGAGCGAUGCUAAAUUCAAGAUCAAAUACAGCAAUAGGAGAGAGAGCAGCAUCAGCACUGCAUCUCCAAGGGCAGAGUCUGGCUCAGUGAGGACCUACUCCUGUUGAGGGAUUGCAAAGGAGGCGCCGUUGUCAGAGAGCUGGAACCGGCUUUACAUUUCAUUCACGGGGAGGAGGGGGGAUAAGCAGAAAAAAAGCAAUGAAUAUAUACAUUUAUAAAUAUAACUCUACUGGUCUGACCAUUCUGCAAUAACAGAAGAGGGAUGAAGAAAGAGGGGGAAAAAAGAGCAAAAAAAAGGACAAAAGACAUGAAGAAUGUAUGACAAGAGAGUGGUAAGAAAUGGGAUGGUUGGAGGAAUCGGAUGACUGUUUAAUCUUUCUUUCUGUCGUUCUCUCUUCUCACUUCCUGUGUCUGUGCUGAUGGGACAUCUGUAGAUGAACUCUCUUGUCUUUCCGUCCUUCGUUUCAAUGGCGCUGCCCGCAGCCCUAGUUCCUCAGAAUGGCUUUCACUGACUGCCUGCAAUUGGUCUCUUGAGUCUCUCGAGAGCAAAGGAUGUUUGUGGCGACUCAACCUGGACUUCAGGGAUGUUUACAUACGGUGAGGUUCAGAGGAAGUGUACUUAAGAGCACAGUCGAGGGGCCAGGCUGUGAGGCCAAGACUUCGCUGUAUGUGUUUCUCAAUCAGGAGAGCGAGCACAAGCUGAGAAAGACAGACGCACCGAGAGCUACACGUGAGGCUGCAAAGGGCACAAUUCUUGCUCAGUUACUACUAGGUGUUUUUUUUUUUAUUAUUUUCAAACAUUUAGAUUAAAGACGAAAGCUCAGCAGAAUGAGUCAGCAGACAAAGGGAAGAAGCUGGUGGUGGCGGAUAGAUAGAAACACUGGGAGAUGAAGCGAGAGGGAAGAUGCUUGCGGACAAAGCAAGUGACCAGCAGAAAUGAGUCCUGACGGACAGAAUCAUUCUAACAACGCAAGCCAUAAAAGACAACAAGAGGUGAACCGAGGAGGAGAAACAGGCGGGACGGGGAGGGAGGGAGGGAGGGUCAGGGGAAAACAAGUGAGAGAAAUCGUUUAGCUUCUGUGUUGCGAUGCAUGUCAAACAACCAAGACGACAACGAACUAAAACUUUCGGGGAAUAAGACAAUAUGAAGUUAAAAAUAAAAAUUAUGUGUACAUUAACAUAUGAGGUUAAGAGCUUGGGGAACAAUUUGUAAAAUGUGUGUAUUUUCAUUUUUAUUUUUUAUUUUUAUGAUAACUAUAUUUAUUUUCUUUAUGUAUGUAUUGAAUAACUGUAUGUACAUGUUCAUUUAAUAAUUCUGACUGUAAUUUAAUUUAUCUAGUUUAAAGCGUAAAUAUGAAAUAUUAAAAACAUGGUCAUUAAAAUAUGCUACUUGUAUGUGUAAAUUUUGACAACAAAAUUGUGUUAUGAUUUAAAAACAAACCAUUACUGUUGAUGAGGAUGACAGUGAUUCAAAUUGAAAAUGAUGUCUGCAAAAUAAACAAUAAUGAUAAUGAUGAAAAUCAAAAUAAAAUAAAGUGUUCCUAAUGGUACUAAA